AUGUUUUGCUUCAUUUACUUUAUUCACUUCUUAAUAUUUCCAUCAUUGUCCUAUGCAAACGAGGAAGGAUUAUUAACAAGGCAGAAUUAUCAAACUGAAAGAGUUUGCCAUUUCCCGGAAAGUGAAGAACGUCCAUUCUUCAUUGAUAUACCUUCAGGACCUCCCCCACGUUCAAUUUUGUUGGACACAGUUGUAGAGCCCCCAGAUGCUAAGUUAGAAAUUGCGAAUGUUCGGUCUAACAAUUUGGCUCAGGAACAAAUACAUGACUGGCUCUCAUUAGAAAAGAGACCAAACGGUCAAUUCCUCUUAUUUAGCAAUGAUAUUAUAUCCCAAACUUCUUCAACAACCACUUCUGUUAAUUCUUCACUUAAAUUACCCGCAUAUCCUUCAUCAAUUAAUGAAUCAUUGUUGUACGUCACUGUUAGGUGUAAUGGACGUCUUUAUCCAUUGCUUACAGUCCGAUUACUUACACAUAAUUUGCAUGCUCCCGAAUGGUGGAUACAUGGGAUUAGAGUUGCUGAGGAUAGUAUAGCGGGGGAAAUAAGCAUUCCAAAGAACUCAAAAACUUUUGGCUCAUUAUUUGAUACUCAAUUAUUAGCGCUUGAUCAAGAACCCGCUGAACAUUAUCCAAUUACUUUUAGUGUGGACCCUCCAUUAAAUAAGUAUUUUUCAAUUGAAUUGGGUAAUCGUUCUUCCUUGCCAAUUAAUGAACAAGUUAACUUUCUUUCUACCUUACAUUUUCCCUAUUCUAAUCGAAUAGAGGAUUGGCAUGAACAACAAUUACCUCCACAAAUAUUACUUAAAUUAUUAGAUGAGGAUAUUAUUUUGAAUGAAAAAGAACAAUUAAUUAUUAAUAUUACAGCAACUGAUAAUGGAAUUCCAGAAGAACGUAAAAGUCGAAUAAAAUUACGUUUCCUUUUAAUAUCUGAAGAACAGGAAAAAACAAAUAAUGUAAUAGAAAAUGGGAAAUUUAGUAAAUCUGUUUAUUAUGGAAAUUUUACUAAAGAAAUGAGAUCUGGCACAGAAAUAAUUCCAUCAGAACCAAUAAAUGCCAAUUUCCCCCUUCAAAGGGUUGGUGAUAGAAUUAUUUAUGAUUUAGAUAUUUCUUCUAAUCCCUAUGCUGCACUUUUUCAAAUAGAAAGAGAUUCUGGGCGUAUAAGACUUGUAGAGCAAUUACCAGAACAGCCUCCACAAAAUAUUGAAAUGGAUAUUUUGGCCACUCUUUUACCAAAAAAUUCGAGUAAUAAUCGCCAAGUUAUUCGAACAAAAUUAAUUUUAACUGACAGAACAGAAAUUAAAUUAACUUAUUUUACUCAAUGUCAUUAUUUAGUACAUUUAGCUGAAAAUCCUAGUGCUUUUACGAGAAUAUUACAAUUUAAUUUUAAAGGAGAUGUUGAAGGGGUAGAAUUACUUAAUGGAACUGAAUUAUUUAAAGUUGACCCCUAUGGGUUAGUUAGUGUAUUGCCUGGUGUUGAUAUUGAUAGAGAACGUACUGAAAGAAUUGUAAUUAAAGCUAAAUUGAAAGUUAAUAAGUCAUCUCUACAUCCAAAAUCAUUGGAAUUAUGCCAAAUUGCUACAGCUGAGAUUUUAAUAGACGAUGUUAAUGAUCACAGCCCUAAAUUUACUCAAAAAGUAUAUCGGUUUCGAAUUGACCCAUUUCCUUACAACAAUACCGAAGUUGGCUCAUUACGAGCUGUUGAUGGGGACGCUGAAGAAUUUGGCCACCUUCGAUACCGAAUACUUGAUGAAUUUGUUCCUGAUGGACAUGGAGGGGAAGAACCCCUUCCUUUUGUUUUAUUUCAGGCUGAUGGUGCCGCUACAUUAUUUUUUGUAAUAAAACCUACGCAUUUACAACUCUUUCAACAACCUUAUAAACCACAAUCAGAAUAUACAUUUACUGUGGAGGCAUAUGAUUCUGAUGAAGAUCCAAGAACUGCUCGAGUGUCAGUUAAUGUUCGAAUUGAAGAAGAAAAAGAAGUUUUGGAAGAACAACAACAACAUCACCAUCAUUUAACAAAUAAUGAACAAUUAUUAGAUGAAGUAAGAGGGGAAAGGAAACAUCAACGUUCGGCUAUAGAUGAAGAAAUUGAAGGAGAAGAAGAGGAUAUUAGUCCAAGAGCUUGGGCUACAAGAAUUAGGACUGUUGAUAAGGAUGUUCCGCCAAUACUCAUUCGACGUCAAGGCAAAUCCUCUACUACUACUACAACUUCUAACACAAACACAUUUAAAAAUACCAAUCAAAACCUUCGUUUACGCAACGAAAUAAAAUUCUCUCAAAAUAAUUAUAUUUUUCGAAUGUUCGGGAAUUUAUUUGAGGGACAAACGAUUGGAUGGGUUUCUUCAGUUAAAAGAAAAAUGAGUGAAGAAGGUGAUUUAGAGGAUCGGGAUGGAAAUAAAGAAGAAAUAUUAGACAUUGAGAAGGAAGAGUCAUUAAUUGAAUACGCAGUUGAGGAGGGAAUAGAUGGUUUUGUUGGUGUAGAUAUGUUUAGUGGACGUUUAUUUGUUGGUCCUAAAUUAGUUGGCGGAGCAGAACGUUUUGAAGAAAUUCGUUUUUCUGUGGCAGCUAUGCAUCCACGGGAUGGGCGGAUUUGGGUUGGAUUUUUUAAAUAAAUACUAUAAUAUUAAAAAGUUCCCUUUAAUCAAAAAAUAAAAAUAUAUUGGCAAUAAUAUUUUUCUAAAAAAUACAAUUCAAUCAACAAUUUCAUUAUUUUUAAAUUAUUUUUUAUUUUAUUCUCUAGUCUUUCUUCCCUUUUUUCCUAUUUUUUGUACGUUAUUAAAUAUUAUUAGGGGUGGUCAUUGGGCGCUUGGCAACCUUUUUUCUCGUCAAGGAAAUGCUUUUCUUUGCCCACCUUUUUUGCCGC